AAUUUCAUUUCUCUUCUGCGCGAAGAGAUACACAUCCACUUGACAAAAACAUAGCUUCAAAAUUUGUUUGUAUUACCUAAAUUACACAAAUUAUACAACACAAUCAAAACUAACACAGAUUCCUAUUAGAAUACUUUCUAUCUGUUCUCUACGCACACUGAUAUAAAACAUAACUAAAUACUGGAUUAGUGUUUUUAUCAGUGUAUUUUUUAAUUUGUGAUUUGUCUAUUUUUUUAUAUAAAUUACAAGAAAAGCAAAGGUUUACAACAACAAAGUGCAAAAAAACUUUUUGAAUAAAGCGCCCUGUCAAGUGAAAGCUUGAUUUCGUUGACAUAAAUCCAACAUCAUGGAAAUUAAAAAUAAUGGCAAUGGAUUUCACAUGCAUAUAUUCAAUAUGGCGACAAAUGCAGAGAUUGAAGAAUUAGAAAGUUGGGAAGAUUUAACGGAUGAGAUAUUGGAAAGGAAUUUAGCCAAAAUGAAGACAAUCUCUACAGCGGAGAAACAGAAUGUAGACCUGAAACCAUCGACAGUGUUGCUAGAUAGCAACGACAUCCGUUCGCGAUUCCUGACGACACAGCCGACCGUGAAGAUCCUGAAGCGACCGAGCGAGUCGCAGGCGACAGGCGACCAGUCGCACGCGACUUGUGUGAACGGCAGUGCGGCGCCGCAACGAAAGAGUCUGCAGCAGAGAGAGAUGGAGUACGCAGAGGCAAGGCUGAGGAUACUGGGGCAAGCACAGAGUCCUGAGGAGAAGGAGCCCACUUUCCAGGAGAGAGUUCGCCAAAUCCAGAACAAACCCACUCCACCAUCAGCCAGCAACAACGUGGACCAACCACCUUCCAACCACAUCUCGACCACCACGUCAACCCUCUCACCACAAUCGCCCGUCUUCAUCAGUCACAACCACUUUGCAACGGGGACCACCACAAUCCUCACCACGCCGGUCCACUACGCCACAUCACCCUACUACGCAGUGCUGCCACCCCACCACAUGACAAUCGGCGCCAAUAUGCCACCGCCUGUUGGCAACCCUGGUGCCAUGCUGGCGCCGGCCAAGUUUGUGCCUUCAUUCAGCAAUCAGUCGGCGUUCAGGAGUGCUCAAGUGAUUAGACAGCCACGUGGCCCGGAUGGCACCCGGGGGUUCCAGUUCCACCAGCCACGGUAGCAUUUCCGGUGUCUAGCGGUUACUUCCAGUUGUGCAGGACGGUUCCAGGUGCUAGAGGUUGCAUCCGGUUGUCAGGGGUUACUUCCGGUUCCAAAGGGUUACUUCCGGUAGCUUACUUCCGGGUGCUGAGGUUACUUCCGGUUGCUAGGGGUUACUUCCUGUUUCAAGUUGUAACUUUCUGUUGCUAGGGUUUACUUCCGGUUGCUAUGGGUUACUGCUGGUUCCAAGCUGUUAAGACAUACAUAAAGCAACGAUCAAACAUUGAAAGAAUAAGACGUUGAUGUUGUCAAUAGCACUUUAAUAUAAUUCUUCUUACAGAACCAGGUUACAUGGUAACACCUACCACAUCUUCAGAUGAACUAAUGUGUUUGUUAUUGUUGAAGGAACAGGAAAUUCAACUUUAGGUUAUGUGUUGGGGUUGUGAAAGGUAAGAAGGAUGAAAAAUGUCAGUGUUAAAUGUAAUGUUAAAAAUGUUUAAUUUCAUCAUUAAUCCACCUAUUCCCACUAACAUUUUUUAUUCUCCUUCCCUUUUACAACCCCAACACAUAACCUAAAGUUGAAUUUCCUGUUCCUUCAACAAUAACAAACAUAUUAGUUCACCUGAAGUUGUGGUAGGUACCAUGUAACCUGGUUCUGUAAGAUGAAAUAAUUUUCGAAUGCAUUAAAGUGGUAUUGACAACAUCAACGUUUUAUUCUUUCAAUUAUAGAGUGAUACCACAUCUUAUACCAUACAAUCAAAUUAUUAAUGAUCAAACAACUGAACAAUCAAGGCACAGUUUGAUGCCAUUAUUGUAAUUACAGGCAUUACAAAUAGAGACACGUUGAAGACCUACUUAUAAGAGUAGUUUUGAAAGAUCAAUACUACUAAAAGCAAUGCUUAAUGCAUUCAAACAAGAAAAUAAUUAUACAAUUACUCCUUACAGGAUCUUUACACAUCAAUUUUAUCAAGACAUGAGUUGGAUGUUUGAACAUAUAUACAAGAGACAUAAGCUUACAUUGAGUACAUGGCCUUUCUGGUUUACAUGGGAUGAAAUAUGUCAUUUUUACUGAUUGGGUACAACAAUAGACCAUCUUCUAUUCAGUAAUUGUUUCUUUCAGGUUAUGUUGUCAGUUUUCCUUUCUUUUUUUUCUUUUUGUGUAGUUGAGAAGUUGAUAUUGUGGUAAUUAUUCAUAUUGAAUGAAAAAGACUAAGAAAUUGUCAAAAAACCACAGAUUUAUUGAUACUUAGAAAGUAUCUUUGGUUUUUUGACAAUUUCUUAGUCUUUUCAUUUAAUAGUUCUUCUUUCAUUUCUUUUACAUUCAAAUUGAUCAAGAUGGUGUAGAGGUAGUAUUGUUGUAUCCAUUCAUUCUGUAGUAUUAUUCUUCCCGUUUGUUGAACUAAAUUUAUGUUUGUAACAUGCAGUGCAUGUUAUGUUACAACUGGUUUGUGAGUUAUAGUUUUGGGUAGUUUAGCUUCUAGUGUCUGGUAUUACAUCCCAAAUUAAAGAUUCAAGUUCCAGGGACCAUAUUAUCAAGGUGGUUGAGUCAAAAACGUAUAAAAUCAACUGCAACAUCUUAAUUUUUUUAUGACUGAAUAAUUUAUAACUAUCAAAUUCUGAUAUGUAAUUACCACUCUCUAAUGUUGUAUCCAAUUUGUAACUCUGGCUUCUUUGAUUAUUUCCAGUUUGUAACCCCUAGUUUUGGCUACUUCCAAUUUGUAGCCUCUGGUUUUGUAUAUAUUUCCGGUUUGUAACGCCUGGUACUUUCGGCCAUUUCCGGUUUGUAACCCUUAGUUUUUUUUUCUAUUUCCGGUUUGUAACUACUUAUUUUAUAGAUACUACCAUAGAGAAACAAUAGCGUAAGUAGAUAUCCCAUGGUAUAGGGCGUUUAUGUCGCAAAUUUUACUGUUAUCUCAAGCCGGUUACUGUCAAUUUUUACUGUUUUGACCGGGUAAGUGUGUAUGAACGGCACAAUAUGAGAGACUACCAGCGUCAUAAAGCUUCACAGGAAAGAAUUACGUGGACUAUCAGCUUGAGAUAACAGUAAAAGCUGCGACAGAAACGCCCUAUACCAUGGGAUAUCUACAUAUGCUAUUGUUUCUCUAUGAUACUACCAAUUCGUAACCACUGGUUUCUGUGACUAUUUUCGGUUCAUAACCCUAAAUGCCGGUUGCACAAAAGCUGUUAACCGUGAUUAAUUUCACGAGAACCAAUCAGGGGAGCUGUCUUUCCUAAAAGGCUUUUUCUGGUUGGUUCUUGUAAAAUUAAUCACGGUUAAAAUUUAAAUGGCUUUUGUGCAACUGGGCCUCAGUCAUCCAAGUUACAUCCGGUUUGUAACUUCUAGUUUUUAUUACUACUUAUGCUAAUUUGUGAAACCUCCAGGGGCCUGUUUCAUAAAACUUAUAAGUCACCUAUUACAGGAGAAUCAUCACUCCUAUUACAUGCUCAAUGAAGGCGUUAAAAUCAGCUUUUCCUGUAUUAAGUGUCUUCUAGAUUUUUAUGAAACAGGCCCCAGGUACAGUUUUUCUAUGUACUGUAAUAGUUUCUGACAUUGAUGUGAAACAUCAUUUUUAUUGGUUUCUGGAGUCACUUCCAACUUGUAACUUCCGUUUCUGGGGUCACUUCUGGUUUGUAACUUCCGGUUCUGGGUUCCAAAUUUGACAGCCUAUGCACUGGUUUAUGAACACUUAUUUCUAACAGACUCUCGGUUUUUGCAUAUAUUUUAAUAAUAAUAUUGAUAUUUAUAAUGGUGUAACUGUCGAUUAAGUACUAUCGAUUAAUAAUAAAAUAGUUAUCAUUGUUGUAAAAA